UAAUUUUUUAAAAUACUCACAAUGAGUUGAAGACAACAUUUUUUCAACUCUCCCUUAUCUCUCUCUGACACACACCAGCACGCAAACACUGAAACACACACAGUGUGCAGCAGCAGCAGCAACAAGAGAAGGAGAAGAUGGCUUUGCAACUAUGGGAGACACUGAAGGAGGCCAUAGAAGCGUACACGGGGCUCUCUCCGAACACCUUCUUCACCCUGCUGGCCCUCAUCCUGGCCCUCUACUACGUCGUUUCGGGCCUCUUCCCCUCCUCCUCCGACCACCGCCACAACACCGCCUCGCGUGACUUCGAGCCCCAGAUGGAGCCUCUGCGACCCCCUGUUCAAAUCGGCGAGGUCACCGAGGAAGAACUCAAGGCCUACGACGGCUCCGAUCCCGAGAAGCCUCUCCUCAUGGCCAUCAAGGGCCAGAUCUAUGAUGUUUCCCAGAGCAGAAUGUUUUAUGGACCUGGUGGACCCUAUGCUCUAUUUGCUGGCAAGGAUGCUAGCAGAGCUUUAGCAAAGAUGUCUUUUGAAGAGAAAGAUCUAACUGGAGAUAUCUCUGGUCUUGGCCCAUUUGAGGUUGAGGCCUUGCAAGACUGGGAAUACAAGUUUAUGGGCAAGUAUGUAAAAGUUGGAACUGUCAAAAAGACCGUUCCAGUAACUGAACCAGAAUCCACUGGCGAAGCAGCAGAAUCUAAUGUCCAUGAUGCUGAAUCUUCAAAGCCUACUGAAGAUGAUGGCCCAUCAGAAUCAGCAGCUGCUAAAAAUGAUGGAACCCCUUCAAAGAUUGACGCAGAUAAAGAGUAAAUAAUCGUUGGAUAAAGAGCAAUUGUCUUGCAAACAGUGGAAACGGUUAUUUAGAAGCUUCUGAGAGAGACUGAGCCUUGCUGAUUAGUCUAGGCCACCCCUUUUGCACUGGAACUUUGUCCUAGUAUUCUGUUUGAUAAAUAAGGAAUUUCGAUUCUUAGUAUUUAAUUUCAGUUUUCCUGGGUUUAAAGCUUCUUCUUUA